AUGCUCUUCUUUAUUCGUAGCCACAUUCUCAUCGCCUUUAGUCUUUUGACAUUGGGUGGAUUUGGGUAUAGCAAGUUUUGCAACAGAGCUUUUUUCACAAAUACCUACACUGGACUCAGUGCUUGCACGGAUACAGACAACACAUGGCAAUAUCCAAUUGAUGAUUGCGAUUAUAAGGUAACAAGCGGGAAGCAACCUAAAGGCACACAAUGUGCCAAACCUUUUGAAAAGCUCUCCAUAAACUGUGCCAGUUACUCAUUUGAUGGGGCCUACAAAUGUAAUUUCAAAAACAGUAGAGGGGAGCCUCAAAUAGCAUCAUGUGCCGCCAUGCAAUACAUGCCCCAUUGUAAGGAAGGGAGGGGAAGAAUGAUAAGUUGA